UUGAUUAUGACAACUUUCCUAACUAGAAGCGCUGCAUUUCCUCAAACCAGACUGUGGACUCAAACUCCAAAAACUGAUUUUAAUUCUUCGUUGUGACCUCCUUAUGUAGCAUAAAUGCCCAAAUCUUUGUUCGAAGGUUUGGGUUUCGUUGUCGUCUGCGUUCAUUGCUAGGUGAUGGACAGGCAGCACAUUCAGGUGAGCGACGAAGAGCCAGAAGUGCCGCGACAAGAAACCCGGAGGAGGAGGAGAAAGAAAGCCAUCACCUCUUCUUCCUGCACCUCCAUGGAUCAAAUCACUGUUGAGUUUGUGUUGCCCACAGUGGCUCGGGGUGGAAGCAGCACUGACUCUCUGAUACUGGAGGUGGCUGGAAACUGGACGGUAGAACAGGUUAAAGCUCAGGUGUGGAUGAAGGCAGUGACUUUAAAUCUCUGUCCUGACUUCUACCAGCGGUUCUCUCCAGACCACUGCAUCUUGCUCUAUCAGAAAAAGGGCACCGUUUGUGAGAUCUACGACAAGCACCAGGUCUUCCAGACGCUAGACUGCAUUCGCUACUGGAGAGCUCUGAAAAAGGAUGUGGGGCGGAUUCAGUUGGUGCCCCGUCCGCAGCCCUCGGAUGAAUCCCUGCAGUACCAGCGCUACCUGAACUACCUAAUUGGCUAUGAUGUGACUGACGUCAGCAAUGUUCAUGAUGAUGAGCUGGAGUUCACACGCAGGAAACUGCUGACACCACGACGCAUUGAGCUGUCAGAUCGAGACCCAAAGCUGUACUCCAUGGACCCCUGGAUCACCCGUAAGCCACUACCUGAACACCUGCUCACCAAGGUGAAUAAUGGUCACAUCCUGGUGGUGAUCCACAUCGGCACAGCCAGCCAGACCAUCAAGGUAUUAAUCGAUGACACGCCUUCACAGGUGUUGGCAAGCUUUUUUACCAAAGUAACAAAUAAAAGGGUUUUGUUGGGAAUCCCUGACAACAUGUGUGAGGCAGAUUUUGUUCUGCGUGUUUGUGGCAGGGAGGAGUACCUGUAUGGAGAAAAACCUCUGCAAAAUUUUAACUGGAUUCGUCAGUGCCUCAAGAGUGGGGAGGAAAUCCACCUUGUUCUGGAGACACCUCCUAAUCCUGAGCUGGAUCUGGUCCAGAAGGAGGACUGGGCCCAAGUGGAUGAUUGCACUGGAGUUGCAGGUACUCAUGAGCAGUUGACUAUUAAUGAGAAGGACCAUGAUCGAGUGUUUACCGUCUCCAUUUGGGACUGUAACAGGAAGUUCAGAGUAAAGGUGUUGGGUAUUGACAUCCCAACCCUUCCCAAAGUCCCAGAAUUUAUUGUCUACAUAGAGGCCAGUAUUUUCCAUGGGCAGCAGCUUUUAGCACAGGAGAGGACAACCUCCAAAACGUUCAGCGAAGAAGUGCUGUGGAACUGUUGGUUGGAGUUUAACAUUAAGAUCAAGGACCUGCCAAAAGGAGCGCGGCUCAGCCUGCAGGUGGUCUGUGGUAAGCAACCACAGACAACGAACUCCAAAGGAGGAACCUACCAGGAUAAUUCAGCAGGAACUGGCAGCCUUGAUGGAAAAACCAAGAGCCGUCUCCUGUACUACGUGAACCUGCUCUUGAUCGACCACCGCUCUCUGCUCCGCCAGGGGGAGUUCAUCCUCCACAUGUGGAAGAUGCCUGAGAAGAGCGAUGAGAGCAGCAGCAGCAUCAACGCAGAUAAGCUCACUUCAGCAACCAACCCAGACAAGGCCUUCUCCAUGGCCAUCGCCAUUUUACUGGACAAGUACUGCUACCCGGUGGUGCUGCCCAAGAGCAGGGAUGUGGGCAGGGAGUGUGGAACUGGGGGGGAAGAGGCUGAUGCUGGAGAGAGAGGUCAGAGAGAGAUGCCAAACCACCUGAGAAAACAGUUUGAGGCCAUAGUGUCUACCGACCCCUUACAUCCUCUCAGUCCUGAGGACAAAGAGCUGCUGUGGCACUUCAGACAUGAGUGCAUGCGCCACCCCAGGGCUUACCCAAAGCUGCUGGGCUCAGUCAGGUGGGGGAAACAGGAGGAUGUUCUGGCAACACAUUGUCUGUUGGAGCGUAGCAGUGCGUGGGAUACCAGUGGUCUGGAUGUUGGUCUGGCAAUGCAGCUGCUUGACUGCCACUACUCAGACGCUCAGGUUCGGUCCAUGGCUGUCAGGAAGUUGGAGACGCUGGAGGAUGAUGAUGUGCUCAGGUAUCUUCUGCAGCUCGUGCAGGCGGUGAAAUUUGAGCCAUACCAUGACAGCGCUCUGGUCAGGUUCCUGCUAAAGAGAGCACUGAGGAGUAAGCGUAUUGGUCAUUUUCUAUUCUGGUUUCUGCGAAGCGAGAUUGCCCAGUCCAUGCACUACCAGCAGAGGUAUGCUGUCCUACUGGAGGCCUACCUCAGAGGCUGCGGUGAAGACAUGCUGCAUGACUUCAAAAAACAGGUGGAGAUGACUGAGGCUUUGCAGAAAGUCACGCGUGAGAUCAAGGCCAUGUCUGCUGACAAAUACGACGUUACAGCACAAGUGGUGUUCCAGCUGCGUCAGAAACUGGAAACUCUGCAUGUAUCUGGUCUGCCAGAGAGUUUCAGAGUCCCUUAUGAUCCAGGACUUAGAGCUGGAACCUUGCUGAUUGAGCAGUGCAAAGUGAUGGCGUCCAAGAAGAAACCACUGUGGCUCCAGUUCAAAAGGGCUGACCUUACAACUCUGUCCAAAGACCCCAUAGGCAUCAUCUUCAAAGAUGGUGAUGAUCUUCGACAGGAUAUGCUCAUCCUGCAGAUUUUGAAGAUCAUGGAGUCGAUCUGGGAGACUGAGUCUUUGGAUUUGUGUCUGUUACCAUACGGCUGCAUCUCCACGGGGAACAGGAUAGGUAUGAUUGAGAUUGUUAAGGAUGCCACCACAAUUGCCAACAUCCAGCAGAGUGUUGUAGGAAGUACCGGUGCAUUUAAAGAUGAAAUCCUUUAUCAGUGGCUCCGGGACAAGUGCGUCAGUGAGGACAAGUUCCAGCAGGCUGUGGAGAGGUUUCUGUACUCCUGUGGUGGUUACUGUGUGGCUACCUAUGUCCUGGGUAUUGGGGAUCGUCACAAUGACAACAUCAUGAUCACUGAAUCAGGGAAUCUCUUCCACAUUGACUUUGGUCAUAUCCUGGGGAAUUACAAAAGUUUCAUGGGAAUCAGUAAGGAGUGGGUUCCCUUUGUGCUGACACCAGACUUCCUGUAUGUCAUGGGAACAUCAGGAAAGAAAAGCAGCCCCCACUUCCAGAAGUUCCAGGAUGUGUGUGUGAAGGCUUACCUCGCUCUUCGACAUCACACCAACCUUCUCAUCAUUCUUUUCUCCAUGAUGCUGAUGACCGGUAUGCCCCAGCUGACCAGCAAAGAGGACAUCGAGUACAUCCGUGAAGCGCUGACUGUCGGCCGCAGCGAAGAGGAGGCUCAGCGCCACCUGCUGGACCAGAUCGAGAUCUGCAGGGAGAAAGGCUGGAUGGUUCAGAUUAACUGGUUUGUUCACCUGGUGCUGGGUAUCAAGCAAGGUGUGGAGAAACGGUCCACCUAGGACAGAAUAAUUUAAAAUAAACUUUAUUAUUCUUUUAAAAUAUGCUUAAAAUUAAAAAAUCUAACAAAGACUUUAAAAAAUGACUGCAAUUUUUUUCUAGUUUAAUAUGCCAACUAGAAAUCACUAUUUGUAAACUAAAUUCAGGAGUUUUUUUUUCCCCCCACAUUUCACAGACCAAGUCAAACAUCUUCAAAGUAGGAACUCGAGGAAAAAAAGUGAUUUAUAAAAAGUUUACAUUAAUUGUUUUUUAUGGCAAGGAAACUACUUCCUGUUUCUGGCUGUCUCAGUCUUUUCCUUCCAAGGAAAUCCAUCUAUCUUCUAUUAUGUCGUAAAUUUGCAUUUUAAAAUGUGGCUGAUAUCACUAAUGUUUGAAAAUUAACCUGUCAGGUAAAUAGUUUGCGUGUUUUAUAUUCAAAACAUUGUGUUUUAUCAGCUGAAAUGCAAGAAAUCAUCAAAUCUCUUGGUUUCACCAGGUCAGAAAAUGAAGGAAGUUAAUGUCACUGUUUUACUGUUUGUGCAUUAACUAUUAUUAUGUUUGUACUUAAUCUUACAAUAACUUUUGGAUGUCUUUAAAUGAGACAUAUUUUAUCUCUUUAAAAAAAAUGGUGACUUCCAAAGGUUUAAAUGAAGUCUUAACUUAGGUAAUAGUUAAUAGUAAUCAAUAGGCCUUGAAGCACACUGUUACUAAAUAAGAGGACAUACAUUAAAUAGCCUGAGAACUCGGACUAGCACACAGCAAACCAAGCCUGGACCAAAUUGAGAAAUAGCUGACUGGCAAUUUCAUUCUCAAAUCCUUACAAUUCUUUCAUCCUCAGUUUGUCCACAGACAGCUGAUCCUGAUUCGGAUUGUAAAACAACUGCACCAAAUAUCGUAUCGGCUUCACUGAUGCUCCAUUCCUGUGUUUUGUUUACAUUUUUAAAGAUUAAUGUUCAGAAGUGUUGCAUACAUAGGCUAAUUUUCAGCAAAGCUACUUUUCAGCUCCAUCAAUGCCAUCAAUGGGGCAUUUAAAGACAAAUGGGAAAUUGAAUAGUUAAAAUUAAAUAUUGGGCAGAUUAAAAGUCACAUUUUCUUCGUCAGGAUGUAAAACAUGAAACAGUCAAGUGGUUUUGUAUCAGUUUUCACUUCCCUUUUAAGGUGCAGUGAAUGUAGCAUGGUUUGAACAUAAAGCUGGGUGGAGAUGACAAGACUGAGUAUUUAUACACUGAGCUGGAAAUGGUCCUCAUCUGAAUAUGAGUUCUGUUUAGACCUGGGAAACCCUGAACAAACUGGAUUUUUGUGAGUAGGCAGUAAUUUUGGUUACCUAAAUAUAUGCUCUGAAGCACAUAAUUUAUUUUCUAAAUAUGUCCCUGUUAAGGUUGAAAAACGUCUCUAUGCACUCGUACUGCUGUAAAAGAGUUGUAAAUGAUGAUACUACACUGACCUGUUAGAUUCAGCAGGCUGGUCACUGCUGGAGUCACUUUUUAUAGGUGAGAGAUAAUAUAUCAGAUUUUACCAUAAGAUUCUUAAAAAGUUUUAUUAAAAAAUCAAGAUGGUAAAACCAAAUCUGUACCUGAUUUUUCAAUGUGAGUUUGUUACUGUUUCCCUUAUGUAUACCAAGUAGAAACUGAUGUCAUUUAAUAGAUCAGGUAAAUCACCAGAAAGACUGGAUUUCUCUCUUGAGCCCAGAAAUGGGACAAGAAUUUUUUUUUUCUUUGUCACAAAAGUGAUUUACAAGUUUCAACUGUUUAAAAAUCAGUAUUUGUUUUUGUUUUCUCACAAAAACAUUGGAAAGAUCUUAUAUUUUUAAUUUUUUUAAUGAAAGAAUAUUUUGUAAUAUAGAACCUAUAAUGCUUUUGAUUGAUACUUGACAAUUAAAACAUUUCAAAAAGUC